AUGGCGAUGUCAAAGACGACAAAUACAUAUAACAGACAAAAUUGGGAGGAUGCUGAGUUUCCAAUUUUAUGCCAGACAUGCUUAGGUGACAAUCCUUACAUAAGAAUGACCAAGGAAAAAUAUGGAAAAGAGUGCAAGAUUUGUAUCCGGCCCUUCACAGUAUUCAGGUGGUGUCCUGGAGCAAGAAUGCGUUUCAAGAAGACUGAAGUUUGUCAGACGUGCAGCAGAUUAAAAAAUGUCUGUCAAACAUGUUUGCUGGACCUGGAGUACGGGUUGCCCAUCCAAGUACGCGACGCAGCGCUCAAGGUCAAGGAUGACUUGCCGCGUUCCGAAGUGAACAAAGAGUACUACGUCCAAAACAUAGACAAGGAGAUAGGUAACAUCGACCCAACUAGUCCAGCAGGAGCAGUGGGUAAAUCAGCAGCAGCAAGUGACUUGUUGAUGAAGUUAGCCAGAACAAGUCCCUACUAUAAGCGGAACCGCCCCCACAUUUGUUCAUUCUGGGUAAAAGGAGAAUGUAAGCGUGGUGAAGAGUGUCCGUACCGACACGAAAAGCCCACAGACCCAGACGACCCACUCGCUGACCAGAAUAUCAAGGACCGUUACUACGGAGUCAAUGACCCAGUUGCCGACAAGUUGAUGCGCCGGGCAGCUGCUAUGCCAACUCUUGAGCCACCAGAGGACAAAUCUAUCACCACUCUCUACAUCGGCGGUCUUGGUGACAUUCUGACGGAGAAGCAGCUGAGAGAUCACUUCUAUCAGUACGGAGAAAUCCGUUCCGUGACGAUGGUCCCUCGUCAGCAGUGUGCUUUUAUUCAGUACACCCAACGAGCAGCUGCAGAACUGGCUGCCGAGCGCACGUUCAAUAAAUUAAUCCUAGGAGGCCGACGAUUGAUUAUAAAAUGGGGAAGAUCUCAAGGACGUCAGACGAUUUCUGCCGUAGAAGCGACUCGGGAGAUGUUGGAGCCUGUUCCUGGACUUCCAAAACCGCUGCCUCCACCCGAGAGCUUGGGCAACAAUUUCUUCAAUCUUCAAGGUGCUACCGGUAUCAUGCCUCCGAUAAUAAUCCCACCGCCUCCAGUCGCUCCGCAGUUUUUGUUCCCGUCGCAGAUUGCCACUGCUGCUGCUGCUGCUGCUGCUGCUGCUGCCAGUGCUGCUACACCGAUAUUUCCCCCAGGAACUGCGCCCAUACAUUAUCCCAGUCAAGAUCCGUCAAGAAUGGGCGCCAGUCAAGGUAUAGGAAAACCUUGGCCUGAAGAUUAA